UUUUCAAAAUGUCCCGUAAAGACAAGUUGAGGACGGAAGAUCAUUAAAAGGAAAACAAAGUUUUCUGUGUUAUUUUGAUCAAUCACUGAUCGUGUACAUUUUGCAUUUUUGUGCAUUCAAAUUGAAAAUUAUUGGAACUUAAAUUGUUUAUUAAAAGUUUAAUUGAAUUAAGAAAAUUUAAAACAAAAAUGAUAAAUUUGUGGUUUUAUUGUCUGUAUUUGGAGUUAGCUCGGUAUACUAUAAUAUAGACUUUCCUUUUUUUCACAUCCGAAAAUGUACCGAUACUUUCUAUGACACAUUGUCAAUACAAGAAUAUAAUAUUUAUUCUGAAAUGAAUUAAAUUGGAUAUAUUUACUAUUUGAUAAAAUAUACGAUGUUAUAUUUUUAUGCAUUGUUCCGAUAUUUAAUACAUGAAUAUAUGGCGAUGCUUUUUGUAUAAAGAUUAAUGGAAACUGUUAUUUUAUAGAAACAUGAAAUAUACAUUGGAAGAUAACUUUUAUAACAUAUAAGUAUCAUUAGAAGAUCUUGUAGGUAUAAUGUCUACAGUAAAACGAAAUUUAAAGAUUUGUUGUUUCUGUGGUCUUACAGAAGACAAUGAGUUGGAGUUUGGGAAAUUUUAUGAAUAUCAUGGUGUUGUUACACAUUAUUAUUGCUUGUUAUUAUCCUCGAAUAUGGAACAAAAAGGUAGAGACAAUGAAGGUAUUUUAGGAUUUUUAUUAAGAGAUAUACAUAAAGAAUUGCGCAGAGGUAAAAGAUUGAUAUGCUCUUACUGUAAAAAAAAUGGUGCCACAUUAGGUUGUUGCAAUGCAAAAUGUAAACGAGUAUUUCAUUUUCCUUGUGGCUUAAGAGCUGGAACUCUUCAUCAAUUUUUUGGUGAAUUUAGGUCGUAUUGUGUAAAUCAUAGACCCAAACAGAAAUUUAGCGCGUAUGAAAAACAAUUAAUUCAGAAAAAUAUAGAUGCAAUAUGUUAUAUUUGUUAUGAUAAUGUAAACAUUAAGAAUUUAAUUGAAGUAUUAUGGGCACCUUGCUGUAAAAAAGAUGCUUGGUUUCAUAGAAUAUGUGUUCAGCAACUUGCAAAUAAUGCAGGUUAUUUCUUUAAGUGUCCACUAUGUAAUAAUAAAAAAGAAUUCCAAAAAGCAAUGCUAGAACAGGGUAUUUUUAUUCCAAGCCAGGAUGCAUCUUGGGAGCUUGAACCAAAUGCAUUUCAUGAACUUUUAUAUAGACACAACCGUUGUGAUGCUGUGACAUGUUUGUGUCCAAAAGGCAGAAACCACACGAGCAUAAAUGCAAAAUGGGAAUUAACAUUAUGUCGAACAUGUGGUUCUCAAGGAAUUCAUAUGGCAUGCGGUCAACUAAAAUGGGCCAAUCCUAUUUGGAACUGUGAUGAAUGUAUAUCUAUAUUAGAUAAAGUAAAUCACUCGCCAAAGAAAGUAACAGAAACUAUAAAUAUUACUUAUCGUGACAUGGACAUAGAUACCAGCGAUUCAGAAAUUUCUGUGGGUGAUUCACAAAAUAAGGAUGAUCUUUCUAUGGUGUCAUAUCCAUCUACAUGUGUAACACCUCAAACCUUUGAACAAAAACUAACUAACAUUUCAACAAAGAUUAUAUCUGAAAAUAGCUGUAGUAGUUCUAAUCAAGAUAUGUUUACAAUAUCACCAGUAAAUUUACCAGAGAAAAGUACAAAUAUUGUUACUUUAAAUCGAUCAGAAAAUAAAAGUAUAUCACUAAUUAAUCAAAGUAAAACUAUAAUACAAACAGAUCAAGAAAAAGGACAAGCGGAUUCAGAAGAAACUGCUAACAGAUUAUUAACAGAUGAAAAACAAAGUAUAUUAGAAAAAAGUCAAGGCGAAAACUUACAAAGUAAAGAAUUAUCGAUUUCUUGGAAUAACAAGAUUGAUUUGAUCAUGAUUGAUAGUGAUGAUGAUGAUAUUGAAAUUAUAAGUAAUUCAAAAGGAUUAAAAAUUGAAGAUCAAACUUUGAUGAAGAUGGAUCUUCCUAAUUGUGAUAUAAAUACAAAAAAUAAUAAUUCAGAUCAAUUAAUAGAUAUUUCAUGUAGUUCAUCAGAUAUUCCUAAAAAAUGUAAUAAUCAAAUGAAAACAAAAAGAAAAACUUCAAAUAACUUAAAAGCAAGAAAAGAUUAUGAAAUUUUAACUAUAAAUAAUGUAAAAGAUAAUAUACUUUCAGAAAAUGAAAAUCAUAAGAACUUUGAUAACUCACCUGUUAUGAACAUCAAAAUUACUAAUGUAACAUCUUUAUCACCUGCAGUGUUUGCGAGUGUACCUAAUCUGGAAAGUUUUGAUAAUCAUAAAUUAUUACAAUUAAAUACUAGUCCUUCAAUGAGUUUAAAUAAUUCUGAAAAUUUACAAACUGGAAAUACAAAACUAUCAUCUUCGGAAUAUCAAUCUAAUGAGACAAAAGCAAGCUCAAAGAGAAAACUAGAAACAAAUAUAUGUGUAAUUGGUACUCAUACAAAUGGAAUAAAAUCUGUGACUAUAACUGAACCUAAAAAAAUAAGAACAAAUAAUUUAGAAGAAAAUAUGAAAGCUUCAUGUAGUGCUACUACUUAUAAUGAAGUUAAGCAGCAAAUUGCUAACCAGAUUAAUAUGAAACCAUCACAAAAAUACGUUAACGAUAGAAGUUAUCACUUGGAUUUGGAAAUUCUUGAAUCAAGUAAUUAUAAAAAAAAUAAAAUUUCUUGCCAAAGUAACACUACAGAUAUAUUUUCUCAUACGCUAGAAUUAUCAAAUCAUAAUAUAGCAGAAAGCCAAAUUAAAAGUGCUCCGUCAUGGGCUCCUGAUGAAUCUACUAGUAAAGAUGUCAUUAUUACUCAUAUUCGAAAUAAUAGUACACAUCAGUCAUUGAAUACAGAACAAAAUUUCACUAAAAAAAAAACGAUGUCAUCUAAAAAUUCGAAUAGUUUUGAAAUUAAAAACGAAAUACCAUCUACUUUGAAGCAGUUUGACGGGGAUGCAGGCACCAGUUUUACCAACGAGUCAACAGACGGUCGUAUCCGAAGAAAAGACAACCGAAUUAAUCCAAAAAGAAUAUCAGUUAAAAAAAAAGACUUAUUACAGUGUACUGAUUCCAGAGAUAAUACCUGCCAAAAAUAUUUCAACUUCAAUUCAUGCAGCGUGUUUUCCGAAAUCGCAAGUAACCCUAACGCCUGUGAUAAACCUAGAUUGAUACCAGAAUCCGUACAAUUACAAGAUCUUAAAUUUAAAGUCCAAGAUUCUAAUAACGUACAGAUGAUCUUAUAUGAUACGUUUUCUGUGAAUAUUCAUAUGAAUACUGUUAUGAAGAAUCAUGUAAGAAAUUCGGCCGCAUCCAUAGGAGUAUCGAACAUGAGACAUUCAUUAUUGGAAUUAAACGACGAAUCAACGAUUGAUACUUGCAGUAGCACUCAAACUCUGUAUAAUUCUCAUUUAAUUAGCGAUAAAGAUAUGUGUACUUCCGAUACAAUUGAAUAUCUUGAAAAAUGCACUGAUAAAAUAAGAUAUGAUCAAUUUUGUCUUUGGCCUAAUAUUCUUCAAAAGCCCUAGACAGACCUCCGAAUAAAGACUCAACAUUUGUUUCGAACUCGUAGGUGUUAAUAAAAUUGAUGGUAAUCCUUCGAGAAGAAUCCGGAUUUAAAGUGAAAGAUUUCUUGAAUAAGACAUGUCGAGUUCAUGAAGAAAAAGCUGUAAUCGUAAGAAUUGUUCCGGCUGCGUCUCGAGAAUGAAAUUACUUGUAAUAAAUAACGUUAAGUUUAAAUCGCACGUAAUACGUUAACAACGAACGGUGGGGAGAGACUAUAAAGCUAGGGUUGCGAAUGAUUUUGUUUCAGUUGCGAAUGUUCCCCGAUGGAAUCGAGUGUUCAAAAUAUUACGUGCGUUCUAUUGAUCUUUGCUAUCUUAGGAUGUUUCAUUAUAAGAAUUGAAGGGGACUUGGAUCAUACCGCUUUUGGUAUUAUGAUUCAUUAAAUUAAUUGAUACUACAGUUAAGCAAAAUUAUAUUAAUUAUACAAAAUAUAAUAGUAAACAAAGAAAACAAACAAAUUUAUAUGAAAAAUCGUUUCUUUUAACAAUGUUAUGUAAAAUUAGGUUUUUUUAUUAUGUAUUAUAUCCACUCUGUUACGUACAUAUAUAUAAAUAUUUGAUAAAACAAAUAAUUAAA